AAUAUCCCUUUUCUAACCUUCGGAAUAUAAUUUUGACACAAAUAAUUACAGUUAGCGUAUUGAUGUCGAGGUCUAUGAACUAGUAGGUAUGAUGGGAAAUUUUGCCUGAAAGAUGAGAAAGAAAAAGGCAGCAAGCAAGCAAGUGACGGAGGAACACGGAAAAUAGCUUCUCUGGUAGCAGAGAGCUCCGGCUUCCACCAUCAUUCUCAUCAAGCAUUCAAUUUGCCCCUUUCUCUUUUCUCUAUCCCCGUCUCCGUAAACUGCUUCCAUUACUGCACAAAAAACAGCUAAACUAAAACCUAACGGUCCUUCAAGAAGGGCAUUUGAGAUCGGACUUUUCCCCUUCCCAAUCACACAAUCAUCCCGCCGCUUCCUGCGCUUCCAAUUUCCGAAUUCUUCCCUUGUUUGGACGAUUCGCCCAUUGAGAUCGGACUUUAUAGUCAGUCUUUGAUCCUGCCGGUGAAAUUCAAAGCGAUAGAGAGAGAGGGAGGGAUAUAGGAGGAAUGCGAAAUGAGCUCACAACAACAGCAGCAGCAGCAGCAGCAGCGGCAGGCGAUAGUGAAGGACCUGGUGGAGGAGGCCAAGAAGAGAAUUGUGAUUCUGGCAAUUUGCGUCGUCGGUUUAUCCUACCUCAUGUCUCUGACAAGCUCCUCAGUAUGGGUCAACUUACCAGCUGCCACCUUCCUAAUAAUCAUUCUUCGUUAUUUUGUGCUGGAUCUUGAAAUGAGGAGAAAAAGUGCAACAUAUGUGAGCAAAUCCUUGCAAUCAAAUACAUCACCUCAGGAUAGACCACAUGGAUCUUCAAGGAUUGUUCAGAAGUCUCAAUGGAGGAAGAAAGUAAACUCUCCUGUUGUUGAGGAUGCAAUAAAUAAUUUUAUGAGACAUAUUGUGUCUGAGUGGGUAACAGAUCUUUGGUAUGGUCGCUUAACACCUGAUCAAGAGGGGCCAGAGGAACUGGUUGUCAUAAUGAAUGGAGUCCUUGGGGAACUCUCUGCCCGUUUGAGAGAUAUAAAUCUUCUCGAUCUUCUAACAAGGGAUCUCAUUAAUCUCAUCUGCACCCACUUGGUGCUUUUUCGAGCCAGUCAAGCAAAGAUUGCACAGAAACAGCCCAAUUUUCUGUCCAUUGAACAACGAGACAGAGAACUAAAACAAGUGCUCGCUGCUGAGAACAAACUGCAUCCUGCUUUAUUUUCUCCCGAGGCUGAGCACAAGGUCCUGCAGCAUCUGAUGGAAGGAUUAAUUUCUUUUACAUUUAGGCCAGACGAUCUUAAAUGCUCAUUUUUCCGAUAUCUUGCGAGGGAGUUGCUUGCUUGUGCAGUGAUGCGACCAGUUUUGAACUUGGCUACUCCAAGGUUCAUCAAUGAAAGGAUUGAAAUUUUUGUAGCUUCCAAGGCUAAUAGAGGGGUUGCCUUGGCAGAAGAGGCAUCCCUGUCUAAACCAAAUGAGACCAACGAUCACUCUCCUAGAUUCUUAGAUCCUACUGGUACUGGUGUUGAGCUUGUGCCAUUGAAAACUGAUAACUCCAGAAGUCGAGAUGGUACACCUGAAACAGAUAAUGGAAAUUCAAUCCAUAUCUCGAAAGAUCCAUUACUUUCUAUCGAUACUAGGUCUACACGUUCAUGGAGCUCUUUGCCCUUGCACCCUCAAGUUAACAGUCAGGGAGACAGUCAGCUAAAUCAUUCAGGAGGACAAUGGAGUGACAUGCUAGAUGUUGUUUCCCAGAGAAAAACAAAAGCUCUUGCUCCAGAAAAUAUUGAGAACAUGUGGACGAAAGGGAGAAAUUACAAUAAAAAUGGAGGCGGAAAUGGGGUAAUUGAACAAAUACCACAGAAGUCAUCUUCUACUAAGUCAGUUGUGGUUGAUGAUCCAAGAAACCAGUCAAAACUCCAGGAGAAAGAUGGUUUGACCAAGCUUGAUUCUCCUCUUUCUUCCAACGUUGUAAAUUCUGUAGGUUUUAGGCAGUCGAGAGUUGAUAAACCUAUCAACCUUGGAAGUAAGAACAGGUCAAAUUAUUCAAUGCAUGCUUCAUAUUUAGAAGAUGCUGCGCAAAGAAUGAUGAGUGAAGAUGAAGUUGUAUCAGAUUCUGGCAGUGGUAGUACACAUAUAUCUGAAGAAGAAGAAGAAGAAGAAGAAGAUGCAACCGAUGUCACGGGCCUUCAUUCACCUGGGACUAAAGUUUGGGAUGGUAAAAGUAACAGAAAUAUGCCUGUUUCACACAUUCAUCAUCCUCUUGAAAAUCCACUGGGUCAUGGUGUAAAGAAACCUAGCAAAGAUAAAACUCGGCACAAAAAACUAUCUGGACUGCAUACUGUCAGAAAAAGGUCGAGAUCAAGUGCUCAGGGUCAACAUGUUUGGCAAGAAGUUGAGAGAACGAGUUUCUUGUCUGGAGAUGGCCAGGAUGUACUCGGUGCAAAAGGAUGCACAAGAGCUGACGAUUCUACAGAUGAUUCUGAGGUUGAAAAUUGGAGCAGGCUUUCUACUGGAACAGUGGGUUGUUCAUCCACACCCUCCCUUCUUCACCCCGAAAUUCAUACCCCUUCUGCAAGUGCAAUGAGAGCAAUGAUGUUAGACUCUUUCUUUAAGUUGAGAUGCGAGGUAUUGGGUGCAAAUAUUGUGAAGAGUGACUCCAAGACUUUUGCUGUAUAUUCCAUAUCAGUUACGGAUGUUAAUGGUAACAGUUGGUCAAUCAAGAGAAGGUUUCGUCAUUUUGAGGAGCUGCAUCGACGUCUUAAAGAGUAUCCAGAGUAUAGCCUUCAUUUGCCACCAAAGCAUUUUCUCUCAACAGGUUUAGAUAUGCCUGUCAUUCAAGAACGCUGUACUUUACUUGACAAAUAUCUCAAGAGGCUGCUUCAAACUCCCAAAAUAUCAGGAUCUAUUGAAAUCUGGGACUUCCUUAGCGUUGAUUCUCAGACAUACAGUUUCUCAAGUUCCUUCUCUAUCGUUGAAACAUUAUCAGUUCACCUUGGGGAUAAGGUAAAUUUCUCUGGAUCUGCUAUAGACCCCUUCAAGCGAAAGGACCUGUUGAAGACGGAGAAGCCAGUUGGUGUUGCACCACUCAGAGUCAAGGAGAGUGUGAACAAUGCGCCAAGUUAUAUGCAGAACAGGCUUGGUAAAGAUUUCCCAAAACCUCUUGAAGAUUCAGGCAGUGAUUCAGAUGUCCAAAGCAAUGUUUCACGCAUCAUAAAUUUAGGCAAUACUGCAGAAAGGAGUGAAAGCAAUGGCUUACCGGAAACAGCAAAGUCGCUUCAUGUCGAUUCUAGUAUUCCUCCUGAGUGGGUGCCACCAAACCUAGCACUCCCUCUAUUAGAUUUGGUUGGUGUCAUCUUCCAGAUGCAAGAAAGUGGAUGGAUCAGGAGGAAAGCAUUUUGGAUGGCUAAACAGGUGUUACAACUGGGAAUGGGGGAUGCUUUGGAUGAUUGGUUGAUAGAUAAAAUCCAACUCCUCCGUAGAGGUUCUGUCAUUGCUUCAGGGAUCAAGAGGGUUGAACAGAUACUCUGGCCUGAUGGGAUAUUCAUAACCAAACACCCAAGUCGACGACCGCCAUCUACUGUGGAUACAUCUUCACCGAAACCAACUCCAACUUAUAGCCGACAGCCCUCAGUUCUGGCUACACCCCAAUUGAGCGAGGAUCAGCAAAGGGAAGCAGAAAGACGUGCUAAGUUUGUAUAUGACCUAAUGAUCGAGAAUGCACCAACUGCAGUCAUAGGUCUCGUCGGUCGAAAGGAGUAUGAGCAGUGCGUCAAAGAUGUAUACUUCUUUAUUCAGUCACCAGUUUGUUUGAAGCAACUAGCUUAUGAUCUCAUUGAGCUGGUGCUCCUAUCUGCAUUUCCGGAGAUGGAUUAUAAUUUGAGGCAGUUGCAUGAAGAAAAGAGCAAAUUUGGGGAACUUAAAGCAGAGUGAGUCCCAUUCAGUUUGGAGAACAGCUCUUUAUGUGAUGGAUGCUUUCAUGUCUCCUGAAGCGAACUAGGCUUCUACCGUGUGGCUGCUUUCCGUGCUUGAUCCGUAGUGCUCACUAUUGAGUUUUUGCCAGUUGGGAGUGUCAUCUCUUUUUACCUUUUGCGUAUACGGGAUGCACAAUUGUUAUGAAUUUUGUGUACAUUUGUGAGAUGAAAAGAGUGGCAAUAUAGUGUAAAGUUUAAU